GAUAUAAUCAGCCAGAUGGCAGGCGAUGGGAGUCGGCUGACAAGAGUGUUUUCAACUAAAGACAGUAGAGUCGUGCAUCAAAGAAAUCUUUUCGUAUGAGACAUGGCACAGUCAUAAAUAUCUUUAUUCUAAUCACUUUGCGUAGAAUUUCUCCACGAAUAUGUAAUACCGGUUGUCACAGCAGGGGAUGGUAGUAACUGACAGCUCCUGUUGCAGUUACCAAUACCAUGCAUCAGGGUCUACUGUUGGACAGCGUGUGGAAGUGAUGGCUGAGAUAUCCACUUGCAAAUUUGUUGGUUUUUGGAUUUAUGUUUUCCACUGUGUUAUUGAAAGUCUGACUGUUUAAUUAAGGAGACCAUUUUAAGACUUUGAUGCUUGACAUUAAUCAAGCAGAUCAUGUUGGUGAUAGAUACAUGUGUGCAGUAAAAUUUAACACACAAUGUCGCUGUUCAAACGUUUACUUGGUGGCUCAAACCAAGAUGUCUCUAAGGGCUCCCCACCCCAGGGAAUGCAGGCGAUGGGAGCGCAGUUACAGAGAAAGUUUGCUAAAGGAGUGCAAUAUAACAUGAAAAUUGUUAUUCGAGGUGACCGAAAUACAGGUAAAACCUGCUUGUUCCAUCGCCUGCAAGGGCAGCCAUUCAAGGAGGAAUAUAUCCCUACAGAUGAAAUACAGGUAGCCAGCAUCCACUGGAACUAUCGUGCCACUGAUGAUGUUGUAAAGGUGGAGGUGUGGGACGUUGUGGACAAGGGUAAAAAGAAGCGGAAGUCGGAUGGACUUAAGUUGGACAACUCCAUCGAUAGUGUGGUAGAGGAGCCCUGUCUCGAUGCAGAGUUCCUAGAUGUUUACAAGGGAACUCAUGGUGUCAUCUUUGUCUAUGACAUUACCAAACAGUGGACAUUCACCUAUGUUGAGCGUGAGAUCGAAAGAAUACCAUCUCAUAUUCCCAUCAUCGUCCUGGGCAACCAUCGAGACAUGGGUCACCAUCGGACGGUAAUUGAAGACAAGGCUCGCAUGUUCGUGGAGAGUGUGCAGAAAGACAGAACGGAGGGUUCAGCACAAGCCAGGUAUGCAGAGUGUUCCAUGAGGAAUGGAUUCGGGCUCAAGUUCCUCCACAUGUUUUUCAACCUGCCCUUCUUACAGCUGCAGAGGGAGACGCUUCUGAAGCAGCUGGAGACCAACACACAGGACAUGCUGUCCACAGUAGCCGAGCUGGACAUCCAUGACGACUCAGAGGAGCAGAACUAUGACAUUUUCCUGGAGAAUCUGACCCAGAAGAGAAGGAAACAAGCAGAGCAGCAGGCAGAGAAAGCCUUGUCCGAUUCGCAUCUAAAGCAAGACGAGUCAGGGGUCAUUCGGUCAGCCGAUGACCAGUCCAUUCCCAACAAUACCCCACCCACCUCUACUGUGCCCAGGUCAGUGUCCCAGCCCUCCAUGCCCCGUGUCCCAUCAACACCCAAGAUACCUGAUAUCCCACCGACCGUCACCCCUGCCACGUCUGCCAGUUCUACUCCAACCACGCCUGUGGCUUCCCCACCACCGGUGGAACAGAAGCAGGGCUUCAUGUCCAGGUUGUUCAAGAAGAAGCCAAAGGAACCGCCUGAAGUUACAGAACCCCCACAAGAAUCUAAGACCUGCAAGCCUGCUGAGUCCCUGGUCAAGAGUGUCGAGGACUUUGUGCCAGAUGGUGAUGGUCUUGACAGUGCAUUCCUUGACGACGCCCGAGACCCGUCCAGCACCGUGAAACAGCAGGCUGAAGGGGAUUCUGACAGCGAUGAUGAUGUCAACAACCCAAUGGUGGCAGGUUUCCAGGAUGACCUUGACUCCGAAGACGAGCGCCCCAUCAGUCAGGCAGAGACAUCUGCUGUAUCAAGGGUCAAGGACAUUGAUUUGACCAGCGAGGAGGAGGAGGAACAUGUGGACAUUCCAGAGUCGCAAGGACCGGUCAUUUCCCAGGACUUGGACAUAUCCAGCGAUGAAGCAGCAGUGGUGACAACAAGCUCCACCAAGCCAGCAUCAGUCAGAGUAACACCCUCAGUCAAAGUGGCAGCUGUGGACGUGAGUGUGUCAGAGUCGGAGAGUGAUGAUGGGGGAAGGAAAGACACCCACGGGGAUGAAUUGGGGGGUAGUAAGGAGAGAGAUGGGGUACCGAUGUAUGGUGACAAGGAUGAGCCCAGUAAUGGCCAGGGGGGCGCUAUGCCGACACCAGCUGCUGACACCAGUAUAGAGGAUGACGUGGAGGACAGUGCUGGUAUCGAUGUUCCGGAGGAGGACUUCAGUAACUGGCUGGACCAACUCGAGGAGAAGUCCACAACGGUUGUCAUGAGAAACAAGUCCUCAAAACCCCGACAGAAGAAGCUGUCCACAGAGAGUGAGGAAGACUAUAGAAUCAAAACGGUCAGCUCUGAUGUGGAGGAAGCAGAAACGAGUGUGGUGAAGAAGAAGAAAAAGAAGAAGAAGUCUGAGGAUAAGGAGGAGGAGAAGUCUCAGAAGAAGACAAAGAAAAAGAAGGAGAAGGAUGGAGAUGGAGAGAAGAAAUCAGUAAAGAAGGACAAAAAGAAGAAGAAGAAGAAAAAAGAAGAUGAUGAUGUGGAUGUUGAUGACCAGCAAGACAAAGAUGACUUGGAAGCAUUCCUUGGGGAACCAGAAACAGGCAGGGCGGCAGGGGGGGACUACCAGUCAUUAUAGCACAGGGUGGGCCUAGUGCAGGAAAUCAGAGAUGCAAACGUUGGGAAGCAGUGCAGAGCAUGUUAUCCACAGGAACUGAAUAUGAUACAGGGUUUUCAUAUCACACGGCAAGUACUAUGAGUGUAAAGGACAUGGGCAACGAUGAUGGGUGUUGUGUGUUCUCAGCACAGCUAAGGAGGAAGAAUUAUGAUAGUUUCUGAAACUUGAAGAGUAAAGGCUUGUGACUGGGAGAGACCUUGAAGUUUGUAUGACACAAAAUAAAAGAAUGAGAUCAGGUGCAGGUCCAAGUAGCUUGUUACUACACAGUUGCUGACUGAAGCCUGACUAAGGUUUGAUUGUUUGUAACCCCUCAACCAGCGAUUGAGGCUGGAUGGUGUGCAAGUGUUAUGUAAUGGUUCUGUGGUAUGACUACAUCAGAUUACGGCUGUUUGACAUCUGUGUCAGAUCGAGAGCUGUUGGUAUGUUUGUAUGACACUGACCCCAUGGUGUGCCAAUGUGAGAAUGAGAUGACAUAUGCCACUGUAAGUGUCAGAAUCUGGUAUCUGACAACCAGACUACUUUUAUGUAUGUGAAGAAUUCUGAGCCACACAACUAUUGGGGAAAGUCUGCUGAAGUGUUAAUGUAUUGAAUGAUCUGUUUUGGGGUCUGCCUUCUGAUCUAACUAACUACAACAAUUACAGACCGAUGUGUCCCACAUUGUGUCAUGUGUCUACAUAGCUUCCUGUUACAGUCCCCGGGCUUCCAUUGGUGGCCACUGUAACACUGAUGUUGUCAUUGCAAGUCUGUGUGUGGGUACAGUCUGUCCUUAUGUGGAAACUUCUCAAACUGUCAGCGAAAUAUAAUUCAUUCUUCAUGUUUGUGCCUGUAACAGUGAGUACAUCCUUCACCAAGGCAGCGUUGUAAGGACAUGAUGAAUGUCUGGCGAAGGGUACUCAGAUCAUCAUCAUCACAACAGUCAGUCUUCACUCACUCAGAAACCUUCAACCCCCACAACUGGUCAAAGAACUGGUUUAGUGGUGUUUUAGAUUCCAGUUUUAGAGAAGUCUUAGUUGUGACAAUGUGAUUCUGAUAAUUUUAGGCUGUUGUCAUUUUAAGUGCAAUAUGAUAUGUAUGUGGUGUUUGAAAUUGUUUUUGCCAUGGACACUUUGUCUCUAAAUUGAACGUAUAAGAAUUAGGUUUCUAAAAUUAACCGAACUUCUUUCUCUUUUUAUUGCACAGGAUGUCACCUCAAACUGAAUGUGGCGUUUCCCCAAGUAUCAGGUUGUCUCCCCUGAUUGUAUGGGUUGUCUCCCCACAGUGUAUGGGUUGUCUCCCCUCAGUGUAUGGGUUGUCUCCCCUCAGUGUAUGGGUUGUCUCCCCUCAGUGUAUGGGUUGUCUCCCCUCAGUGUGUUGGUUGCCUCCCUUGAGUGUUUGGGUUGUCUCCCUGAUUGUAUAGAUUGCCCCUCCUGGUUGUAUGGAUUGUCUUCCCUGGUUGUAUAGGUUGUCUCCCUGAUUGUAGAUGUGUCCUCCCCUGAGUAUAGGCUGUCUCCCAUGAUUGUGCGUUAACCGGAGUGUGACCAGAGGGUUUAAGUAGAUGUGUUCGUAUGCGUUAUGCUGUAAUUAAUCAGGAUAUAUAACACCCUUAGUCAAAAGUGUAUUCUGUUUCAUUUGUAGCCAUGACAACUGGAGUGAGGAUAAUACAAAGUUUGUGUACAGAAAUGAGACAGCGUGAAAUUGGGUCCAAUAAGACGUUUUUAUUGGAUCAGUGAUUGAUAAUGGGGAAAA